GCUCUAUAGAUUAAUUUGCAAGCAACUUUCUCGUGUGUACUAUCGUAGAAAAAAUUUUGAUUGAAUUUUCAUGGUAAUUUAUUUUAAAUACUGGCGCUUAAAAAAAGUCUGCGCAGAAACAGUGCGCGUCUACCUGCGCUUACGCGAAAAAUUUUUUUGAAAAUUUUAAUUUCAACUUUUGUAUGAGCAAUUUUUAUUUUAACAAAAAAUACUUCGCAAUUUUAAAUUUCGUUUUCAAAAGAUACCGCCAGCGGGCGGGAAAAUUCAAAAUGCGCAUGCGCCAAUUAAAAUAAAUAUGUAAACUAACGUUUACUGACGUUGUUAUUAUUUUAAUAACCUAGAAAAUAAAUCUGAGUUGAGUUUUUAUCACGUGCAAUGUGUGUACUUAUUUAAAUAAAAUUUUAGUGACAAAUUAUUUAAAUUAAUUAAUAAAAAUAAAAGAAAAGAAUAAAUUUGUUGUUAAGUUUUUAAAAAUAUAAAUGGCUCAAGAGGGUAAAAAAAUAUCCUUUGGUUUUUCCAAGGUGUCCAGAAAACCUGUUUUAAAUAAUAAAGUAGAAGAUAAACCUGUUGAUUAUAUUAAAUGUAUUGAUGACAAAUCAAUUAAACUUAUUAAUGAAACAAAAGUAAUUAAUGGCCCAUUAGUGAUACCGCUGUUGCAAAAUAAAAGUUGGAGAGAUAGAAUACUGGAUAAAGUUAAUUCUUCAUCAUCAUCAUCAUCAUCAUCAGCGGAAGCAUCAGCAGAAACAUCAUCUACAGCAGCAUCAGCUACAACUUCAUUGAAUAUCAAACAGGAACCAAAUGAUGAAGUGUCAUUAGAAAAACAAGCUGCUGAUGAAAUAAUAAAAGAACUUAGCAAAGAAAUAAAAGUUGAAAAAAAAGAUGACUUGGAAAUACCAACAGCAGAAGCUGAUAUUUUUGUUGGAGAAAAGGAAUCAAGUUUAGAAGACUAUGAGCAAAUACCAAUUGAACAAUUCGGGCUGGCUAUGCUACGAGGUAUGGGUUGGCAGCCUGACAAAGGAAUCGGUAAAAAUCCUAGACUAGUUACUACAGUGGUCCCGGCUUCAAGACCUAAAGGAAUGGGUCUAGGUGCUGACAAAGUUGUAAAGAAACCGGCAGCGACUGAUAAAAAUGGAGAAAAACUAAAGCUGGAAAAAGGCUGUUUUGUUAAAAUAAACGCUGGUAAAUUUGUAGGUCACCAUGGAGUCCUUGAAGGUUUUGACGAAGACGCGGGACGAGUUCUUGUAAAACUCUCGCUGCAGAAUAACGUCGAGUCUUUCAAUGAAUUUAUUGUUGACAGAGUUUCUAAAGAUGACUACGCCAAGAAUUCAAAGGUCAUUAAUAUUUCCAAGUAUGAGGAGUACAAGAAUAAGGGCGAGGAUAAGGAAAGUAAUGAAGGCUCUAGGAGUAAGUCCAGGUCCAACAGUGAAUUGAAUGGUUCUGGCGAUAGGGUCAGAAGAGAUGAGGACAGACAUGAAGCCAAUUCGGGUGAUAAAUAUAAAAAAAGGGAUAAAGAUCGAGAUAGAGACAGUGAUAGACGUAAAGUUAAUGAUUAUGAUGACAAGUACAGGAGAGACAAAGACAGAGACAGGUCUGGUGACAGACGCGAUCGGCAUAAGUCGAAAAAGUCAAAGCAUCAUAAAAAAUCUAGGCAUUGACUUAUUUAAUUUAAUAUAUAAAUGUAAUUUAAAUGUAUGAGUAUUUUUGUAAUGUAAAUUUAUGAUUAAACUAAUGUAUUUUUAUGUCCAAGUAUUUUUAAUUAUUUAUUUAUCGUAGAAUUUAAUGCUCCUGUUUUUUAAAUUUGUAAUUUGAAUUUUCGCGCCAAUACUUAAAGUUUGAAAUUCAAAUCUCGUAAAUCUUUUUAUGGUAAGAAAUUGUAUUUAUUUAUUUAUUUAUUAUUGCUAUCGAUUUAAAAUUUAAAAAUCGACUAUCGAUUAGUACAAUUUAAAAAUAAUCGACGUCGCUGAAGUCGCAAAUAAUUUUCCCGGUUAAAAAUGGCUUCGCUUGUUGUUUUGUUAUGGUAAAAAAAAUGAACAUUAAGUAAUUUGUCAGCGACAAAUAUAUUUUUGCUACAAAAAUUUAAUUUUUUAACGUCUUUACACUCAAUAAAUUAUCAGUGAUAACAAAUAAUGGCUAAAUUACACGAUUUGUGUGAAAAAUAUUUCGGAAGUCGUAAUUUUUACGAAGUCUUAGAAAUUCCAAAGACUGCAACCGAAAAACAGG